GUCUCUAGCUGUGAACAUGGUUCUGUCCCUGAUUUCACAGUUGUGUGACUGUUUGCUGUCUUCUUCUUUCUUCCCAGAAGGCCAGGUCUUUGUAAGUGAGGAUGAAUAUCUGGAGAUCUCUGACAUCAAACGUGACCAGUCUGGGGAGUAUGAAUGCAGCGCCUUGAAUGAUGUGGCUGCACCUGAUGUGCGGAAAGUAAAAAUCACUGUAAACUAUCCUCCUUAUAUCUCAAAAGCCAAGAACACUGGUGUUUCGGUUGGCCAGAAGGGCAUCCUGAGCUGUGAAGCCUCUGCUGUCCCCAUGGCGGAAUUCCAGUGGUUCAAGGAAGAUACCAGGUUAUCCACUGGCCUGGACGGAGUGAGGAUUGAGAACAAAGGCCGCAUGUCCACUCUGACUUUCUUCAAUGUUUCAGAAAAGGAUUAUGGGAACUACACUUGUGUGGCCACAAACAAGCUUGGGAACACCAAUGCCAGCAUCACAUUGUAUGAAAUAAGCCCCUCAUCAGCAGUGGCAGGGCCUGGAGCAGUCAUUGAUGGUGUAAACUCGGCCUCUAGAGCGCUGGCUUGUCUCUGGCUAUCAGGGACCCUCUUUGCCCACUUCUUCAUCAAGUUUUGAUAAGAAAUUGUAGGUCCUCUGAGCAACGCCUGCUUCUCCAUAUCACAGACUUUAAUCUCUACACUGCGGAGAGCAAACCAGUUUGGGCUUCUUUUUGUUUGUUUUUGUUCUUCUUGAUUUUGUGUGUGUGUAUUUCGGGCUUUUAUUUUAUUUUGUUUUGUUUAUUUGCUUUUUUUCAGUUUGAACAAGUGGGGUUGGGUUGGGUGGGCAGGGUUCUACCACAUGUAGGAUAAUCAUUCAUGGGUGUGUCCAAAAAAUGGGAUCUGCUCCUGCUACCUUGACCCUUCCCUUUCCUCUGCUUCUCUCCCCAUCAUCAUGAGCACCAACCUCUCCCCAGCCCCGUACUGCGCCAGAACAUAUGUUCCAUUUUAAGUUCCAAAAAAUGUGCCUCCUGAUAAACACCCUGAAGACACAACUUGAUUCCUAGUGUAGAACACAGCAAGAGUUAUAUCCAGGCGUCCUAUUAUCUGUGUCUUUUAAGCUUUGGAUCAUUUUCAUGAUCAUCAUGAACAUAUCCCUCCCUCUAUGUUUAUUAUUACCUAAUACUAUUAGGGUUCACAUCUCUUCUUUCUGGGAAGCUAUCUCACUACAUCUACAUCAUCCUCUGUAGACACUCUGGCCUACUCUUUUCUUCCACCAGCUGUAGGAACUAGAGGUUUGGGCCAUGCAUGCAACCCCAAACUAAAAAUUGUAGAAGUCAAGUGACCAAAAAAGGAGGAGGCAUUUUGACGAUAGUAAUUCUCCUUUAAAAAAUAUGCUGUUCAACUCACAUAAGUGAUUGAUAGAUAGCUGAUUAUUUAGGUUUUAUCUAGCUAUUUAUCAAAGUAAUCAUAGCUAUUCAUCUACUCAAUUAUCUGAUUUAUCUCUCCAUCCAAUAAUCUACCCACCUGUCUUCCUCUCUAGCAAUCUAUUUACUAUAUUUGUCCAUCUAUCAAUGUAAUUGUCUAACACCUUUUUUUAUUUCUCUACCCACUACUCACUAUCAAUUCAUCACCAUAUUAAUCUGUAAUCAUAUUAUGUCUAUUUCACUGUAUUCAUUUCUCCUCUACCAUCAACAAACAUUGGCAUCUUCAAAUUUACCUAUCAACUCCCAAUGAUCUUACAGGCUAACAACAUAGAAAAGCAAUACCCUGUGUUAUGGACUCUUUAAAAUCCAGUAUCCUAUCUACACAAGAUAGACACUUAACAGAUGGACCAAAGUAACAAUCUAAUGAUCAGUCACUCACUAUUCCCAGAAGAGACUCUGUUUUCUAAAACAUCUUCUUGAGAAGCACAUCAGCCCUGGAAAAGUCUUGAUUAGCACUGUAGUUUUCCUUUCAUGCUUGAAGAACUAAGACGUCAACCUUCUUGCUUCUCUUGGCCCUUCAAGAAAGUGCAAGUCAGGAACCUAUGGGACCUACUUCAUGGCUGGCUUUCCUUAAUAGCAAGAACAUAAGAGAAAAAACUCACAUCUGUCUUUACAAGUGAAGUGAACAGUCCACCUGUCUUGGUGUGAUGACUUCACCUAGUGUCUCCUCUCUGCUCCAGUUCUGGUUUUAUCUGUUUGAAAACUAUCCACUAAAAAGCUGAUGGAGGCCGAUUACAUGUCGGGUAUAUUGACAACUCUGGUAUUUGUUUCCGGAAGCUCUUCUGAGCUGAGGGCACUUGAGCAACUGACUUAAUUUUCAAGCACUUGAUUAACACAACAUUACAAACAGAAGGGGGAAAGUGUCAGUGACACACAUUCCUCUGAUACGGGUUGCUUCUUCAGUGACUUUGAGGGAAAACGUCCCCACUCCCUAUGUUCAAAGCAGACCCAGCUUGCAAACAAGAGCUGACUCCACCUUGCUGCAUUAUCUCCUGGCACAAGAAGGACUCCUCCAGCAAGGGGACCUGGGAUUCAAAAGAAAGGCAUUGAAGACCACACAGGCUGUGCUGUGCUGCAGGGACUGACCUACUGAGAGGACCAGAAAGCAGCAUCAACAACAACUUUCACACAAACCAUCUCUGCCUCAGUUGGAAAAACUUUCAGGCUCUCAGUCUAAAAAGUAAAAUAAAUUUUUUAAAAUGAAUGCCAUAGAGUUCCAUACCCUCAAUGCUUAAUUGAUUCAUUUCUUCCAAUAUCAGUGCCCUCUUUAGUUUUGUUCAUUAUGGCACAUGAGCAUGACAUCUUCAAUGGGGGAGUAUACACAUAGGUAUAUAUACAUACAUACAUAUACAAAUGCAGGUUGCUUUGGCACACAAAAAGCUAAGUACUAUCUUAAGAGCUGGUGUGAGUAAAAUUAAUAUUACGUUUGCCAGCUGUAAACAGACAUCUGCAUUUCCUAGUGAGCUGCCAGGAACCAGAUUCUGGGAACAUAAAUUAUGUGCCAAAAGCAGUGUAUCGAUUCCUGGUACCAGAGACAAUCAUGAGCAGGCACAAAAUCAGAAUUAAAGGUCGGGCAUAAAUGUUACAGAUCUGUCACCACAUUCAGCAUCUGUAGUCGGGUAGAGUCAGAUGGUGUAUGAGAAUUAAAUGCAUCAUCUGAGUGUUCUUCUGAUAAUAAAUUUGUCACCUUGGAUUUAAAUAAAUGUAGAGGUUGUGGAAAGUGGACAUUCUUGGAGAACACAGUGCUUGAAAUGGACAAGCUGUACCUAUUUUCUACUCAAAAACUUUUUCUAAAGAAAGGGGUCCACCCUCCUUUGGCAAGAUCUCCAGAACCUCUCUCAUCCAACAAGGCUGAGGUCACUGUGGAACUCUGCUCUACCCCGUCCACAGGAUCCUAGGAAACACCUCUAGUGGUGACCUAUUCCAGCCAUGUUUCAGAGGGAACACAAUGCUACAAUCAAUCCUCAUCUGUCUGGGAUAAAGAAAACAAAGUAAAUAAAACCCAAGGCAACUGGGGCACUCACUGGGAGUGAAAAUGAUUUUCCUUCACAACAGACAUAGUUCAGCUUCUGUGUUUUUGCGUUACUUUGGUGGGAGUGGCUCCAUGGGACAGUGGCUGUUACCAAUCAUUUUGAAGCAUAAAGAACAGCAAAUGCUUGCUCAAGCUAAUAUCUACAUUUACACACACUUUUCUAACUUUACAUGUUGAGGGUAAAUGAAUAAGGCCUGCUGGCUAGAUUUGUUCAGGGUGCCAAUGGUGGCCAGGGGUUGGGGGUAAGGCAGGAAAAAAAAAAAAGAAGUUUCUGAGCGAUCUAUAGCUCUUUGUGGGUUUUCCGCACAGAAAGGAAGCCGAAAAAGGCUUGAUGGGAGAUAGGUGAGAAAAAUUCAGCAAUGUACUUCCUCUGAAAACCUUCCCCUUCCCAUAACAAAGUAAAUAUGUACUUCCACCAAAGUAAUGCCAAUGAAAGUGCUAGUGUUAAGGCUCCGGCCAGGCUUGUUUUUCAGUAGUUUAAUGUCAAGUGCCUGAUACAGUCAUCUGCAAGUCUAAACAAGUGUGUUUAGUUUUUCUCAUUUUUGUUUUAAUUGGGGAGGGGGGAACUAUAGAGAAGUAGAUGUCAAAACAUGCACAUGUUUUAUACAAAGAGUACUGUGCAUGGUUGUUGUGCUGCAGUUGUGCCCCACUGAACAGAAAAGGUAAGGUUGCAUGUCAAAAAGAGGCCUAGGCCUCUUUCCUCUGAAACUCAUGCCUUUUACUAGAUGGUACAUUUCACAGGUUGGGCAGUUCAUUCUCAAAACAUGGAUGGGACAUUUGCUAUGGGACUCUAGAACCUUUACAACUGAGGCUGAGCUUAAGGAUUUGUUUCUGCAUCCAUUUAGGUAACUUGCCUUCAACAAAGAGGAGUUAGCAAGUUCUAUUUAUGCAGAAAAUGCCAAAGUGGGCAGGUGAUCCCAAAGAGAGCUUCUUUCUGUUGCCCCAUCAAGAGUAGCUCUAAAUUGAUUAUUCAAGUUUUGCUUGGCUGUCACCAGCCCAACUUAGGAGGAGGGGAGGAGUGGCUUAUGAUAAGGUGAAGUCUGGUGGCAGGAGCAUCUUUCCCCAAUUCAAUACUGAGUUCGAUUCUGAGAAAGAAAACUGGCUUCAGAUUACCUGAACGUAGCAAUAACCAAAUUUUAAAAACCACAAAAUUUUAAUAACUUUAAAAAUUAAAGGAAGCAGCAUAAAAAUUUUUUUUGGCAAAAUGAAUUUUUUGUCUUUUUUUUCCAACAGCAAGAAUCUUUUCAUUUUGUACAAGGCCUUUUCCUGGAAACUGUCAUACUCAUUUGCCUCCCUUCCUAUUAUUCAGAGCUUCCCUGUCUUUUUCUUUCAAGACAAAUAAGUUGAGCAGUUGCAGUAAAACUUCACAGGUGUGUAAGUAGAAAGGCAACAUUUUCAAAAAGAGACCAUAUGAUGAGAACUCUUAGUGAUCACUAAACGCAAACAAAUAAAAAUGCCAGUCUCAUUUCCCUCAUUUCUUACUUAAGAGAAGUAAAUGAAAGAAGGAAGAAAUAGAUUUGUAAUUAAAGAUGUGGCAAAAAGAUAUAGCUGAGCCAGUUCAAUUUAGCCUUCAGGUGCAGAAUACUCAGAGUCCAAAGGAAUGUGGAGUGGACUUAAUUAGAUGCAAUUGUCUUUAUUCUGCCAAACCUAAUUUCCAGCAUUUUGAAAGAGAUUCCUUUUUGUUUCUUUCAAUGGUGUCCUUUUUUAAGGCACAGAGUUGUUCCACACCACUGGGUGGAGAAAGAAAGAUUGUGAACCCUCUACCAUCCUUUUGGGGCUACAUUCUAUGUUAUUUGGCAAAUUUAUAAAGAUAUCAAUAAUAACAAUAAUAUGUAAUACUAGCUGCCCUUGUGUUAGUUAAAGGGAGCAUUUUUAAUCAUUCAGAAAUUUUCGUGACAUGUAAAGUGCAGUUGUGAGGAAUGUGUGGGUGUACGAAAAUGUAUCUGUCAAGUUCAGAGUCCUCUAGAUUUAAAAAAAAAAAAUUAUGACUUAUCAAUGGUGCCGUUAUAGCUGUGUCAGACAAUGGGUGUGCCCAUGCUCACAAUUAUCCUUAAAAAAAAUCUAUGUUCAAAUGCUUUAAAAAUUUAUCACAUGAUACGAGAGUAUGACUUUGUCAGCCUUCUAGAGUUCUUUUUUCUUUUAUUUUCUUUCUUAUCUUUCUUUAAAAAAUCAAUGAAGACUUGAUUUCUGUUAAUAAUUGUAUUAAGGGUGAAUAUACUACCUGAAUUUUGUGCAUGUUACAUUGUAGUUGUAACCUUUUCUAAUUCAGGAUGAAUACAAGAUGGUUGUGAUUGUGCAGUGUAUCAAUAAAGUUUGAAGAAAUUUGUAACUUU